AUGCUGAGCAUCCUCUCGCAGUUGUACCAUCCACCAUAUGCAAAGCCGAGUGUUCCAGGCGAGGAUGUUCCAGCCGCUGAUGUUCCAACUGCUGGUGUUCCGACUGAGGAGGUUCCAGCCGAUGAUCCAGCAGCUGAUGUUCCAGCUGCCGAUGAUCCAGCAGCUUAUGUUCCAGCUGAAGUUGUUCCAGCUGAUGAUGUUCCAGCCACUGAUGUUCCAGCUACUGAUGGUUUGGCUGAUGCGGUUCCAGCCGAUGCUCCAGCAGCUGAUGUUCCAGCUGGCGGAGUUCCAGCAGAGGAUGUUCCAGCCACUGAUGUUCCAGCUGAGGGGGUUCCAGCCGAUGAUCCAGCAGCUGAUGUUCCAGCUGGCAGUGUUCCAGUUGAUAAUGUUCCAGCAGCUGAUGCUCCAGCUGAGGAUGUUCCAACUGAUGCUGUUCCAGCUGCUGACAUUCCUGCUGCUGAUGAUCCAGCCGCGUUGCUCCAGCUGCCGAGGUUCCAGCCGAUGAUCCAACAGCUAAUGUCCCAGCUGGCGGUGUUAUAG